AUGUGGAAAUUCUUCUUGUGCUUGUCUAAACGUCACGAAGAAGCAGCCAUUCUUCUUGCAGAAAAUGACAGAUUUUUUCCACCUGUGACUAAAGGAAAAGAUGGACAUUUUCUGAAUCUGUUACAUAUACUAGAAUAUUGUGAUAAGUUAAAAUACUUGAAUAUAAUGCUAACUGUUCUUCUAUUAGUUCAAACACUUACAAUUAUCUCU